UCUAAGCUUAUUUCCGAGAGGUUACAAUAAGGGGAAAAUAAAAUAAAAUUAAUUAAAUAAAAAAAUAUAUAACAAUAGAAAAAAAAAUAAAAUAAAAAAAGCAGUUUAACUACAGAUGAACGGACAGGUGUAUGAGUGGAAAAGUGCAUGAAAUAAAGAGUUUCGAUAAAAUAGUGAACUGUGACUACAAGUGGUGUAAAAAUCCCAGGAUCCGCGGGUCGAUUAUGUGAUUGGUCCCGAUGCUGAGCGGAAGCGGGGAAAGCUCCAAGUCCCCGAAGGGCAAGGAGGAGAAGAAGUCGUCGAAGGAGGAGGCGAAGGGUCGCCACAUCCCGAGCAUAGUCGUGACGAGGGGUCGAUCCGAGGCAAGGAGCAAGGCGAGGAAGAAGGACGAUUUCAUCGGGAGGACCCGCAGUUUCGGUGACGAGAGGCGAGGAGGGUUCAGGGGACGUGGGAAACGUCCGGACGACUACUCAGCUCGAAGGUUCCAGGAGAACAAGAAGACACAUGAAACCAGCCAGUACAAAACGGACUAUGUCCCGCUGGUGUAUCUGCCCGAGGACUCGAGGAUUUCAACCUGUCUCAGGCGCCUCGCACGCGAGGAGGAUGAGAAAAAAUUCACCUCCCUCUGCAAAAUGCUGCAGGAUUCUCUGUCACUCCCUGAGAAUGCGGCUUACAUCCAUAGGUCGCUCGUAAUGAUACUAGAAUCGCUUUUUGAGCUCAUGUGCACCGGGAUGACCCAGCAGUGCAGAAAAUGGUCGGCGCAGACGCUUGGCCAUGUCGGCUAUGUCCUCGAAAAGGAUUUCAACAGAUUCAUGGAUUGGAUUUUUAGUAAAUUUAAUUCAGAAAAGAAAGAUUGCAACAGAGUUCUGAUCAUGACAGCAGUUCUUGAACUUUCAAAACUCGAUAAAAAGGUUCCAAAACUUAAUGAAUAUGCACAGCAAUUGAUGGCUGGAAUUAGGGAAAUAAUGGAGAUAACGGACGUCGGCGAUAUUUUCAUGGUUACGACUGAAAUAACGCUGACUCUGACCCACCGGUAUCCGGAGACAUUCACGCAAUAUUUCCACGACAUGAUCGACAUCAUAGUAGGCUGGCACAUAGAUCCGAUGCAGACCCCUGCUGUCACGAAAUGUGCGACACGUUCGCUAAAACGGCUCGCGCCGUACUGGCUUCAGGACAUGUCCUUCACCGUCACCCUCCUCCAACAGUUCCUCGAGGAUACGGACACAUGCUUCGAGGAAAUGGCAAGCCCUCAGGAGCUGUCCGAGGACGAAAUUCAGAUCUCGAACACGGACCAGCUCAGCAAAAUCACAUCUUUUAUCUUAGUUUUCAAGUCUGUAUUUAAAGGGUUGGAUAAAAAUAUGGAUCCAGCCGUUUGUCCCAGCGUAACUUGGGAAUUCUUAGAGAAAUCGUUGACUAAAGUUAUCACUAUUGUAUUAAGAAGUUUGACUGUUACUGUUCACAGCAACCUAAUAAUUGCUGGGAACAAAUGUAUAAUAUUAAUACUUAAUUUUUUAAAUUCGGACUCUGAUGAGGUGUACAGCGUCCUGUUGAAUUACAUAUAUACGCUUUUUUCGCUGAAUGCUAUGUCAAAAAAGGCUUUAGCAUCAUUGUUCAGACUUGUCGCAAAGAUCUUAGAUUCAAUGCCGAGCAAGACAACACCUGAGUUUGUCGAUACGCUGCUCAAACCGGACUCGAUAGUCUUGAAAAAGAGGCUGUCCGUGAUAGAGCUGGAUGUACUCAAAGUUUAUGAAUCUUUGCUGCACCAUUCCCAGCUGCCCAUUUUGCUCUGCGCCUAUGGACAUGUUGUCGCGGAUUUAGAUGCUGCGUUGCGAACGAUCAAGCCGAACAUGGAAACGCUGGUCAUCGGUGAGAAUAACCUGCAUAAAAAUACAUCCUACGAUAAAGAGAUAGUCGAAGAGAUUGUUAUUUUUCUUUUAAGAGCUAUCGCCGAAUUAGCUCAGGCGAAUAAUCCAGUUACUUCGCUUUUCACACUGAAGCCGACAAUCUUCGACAUUCUCGCCAUCCACCUUCCGUCUGCUUUCAGGCCCGCGAGUUACCCAAAACUCCACAUAGCUUACAUGAAACUGCUCAAAUCCCACUGCACGAGGAAUAAUUAUUUUGUCUCCUCGGCUAAGAUUUUGGCACAAACGAGCAAAAGGCAGCACUUGGUGGAUGCGCUUGGUAUAGAAACGCCUCAGAGUUCUGCGCCAUCUGGUACGCAGAUGGUCACGAUUAUCAACUUGCUCAUCGAGAACCUCGUCGACAUCCUUGAAGAGAAGAACAAAAUUUUUAUAAUGCAAUGGGUAAACGAACUUCUUACCGUGACCAACCGCCAAUACAAAAGCCUGUUAAGCUCAGUGGAGAUGCUAGAGCUUGUCAAAGGGCUGUGCUAUGCUUGUGCCGAUUUCAGACCCAACCUCACACUCCAGGGUGUCGCUGUCCUCCAAAGCAUCGUGACCAAAUUUAAAGGAUUAUGGCCGCCUGAAAUUAUGAGUAAGCUGCUCGACCUGUGUAUAUAUUUUAUGAACUCAUCCUGCCCUGAGAUAAGGAAGAGAUUCCAUCUUUUGAUGAUGGCGUUACCAUCACUGAUCGUGACAUUUUCAAUCAACAACUGCGCUUCUUACAAAUUCAGUAUGAUGAACAAGCUGAUGCUUAGAAAUUAUCAAGAAAUGGCUCGGAGUAUGACAGGAGAGAUGACGGCCACGCGGUUCAAGCAGUUAAUGAACUACAUGCUCUUUGAGGAGAGCGUCGACCCGGAGUUUAAAUGGAUGACAGAAAUCCUAGCGAGCGGUUGGCCGGUGAUGGAGCUCGGCUACCAGCACGGCUUAGAAGCGAUGAACAGCCUCGGACUCACGACCGAAUGGCUCGCUUUUCAAGCAGCGUGCCUCUGCAGGGACAGUAAGCUGCGCACCGCUCUCGGAAAACCACUUGGGACAUUCACAGCCAUCGAGGUUGCUAUUCGUGAUCUCGCAUUGGAGACAAAACUUAAUAAAAACAUGCUGAAGACCCCUGCGACGGGAAGGCGUGUAAGGAUGCUCGUACAGUUUGUGGAGCAGCUUGAAAAAGCGCUUUAUAACGCUGCAGAAGGGACAGCAUCGGCUUUUCCCCUAAUCACAAAACAAGCCGUCAAGUCGUUUUUCUGUUUGAACCGUGGCUCCUGUUAUGAGUGGUUCACAAGGAUACGGUUUGCCAUACUGGUCGUCUCGCUCCAUUGCGGCCUCUCAGCCGCCUCCGUCCGGCACGGAUUUGCCCUUUUGCAGUCACACUUGGACAACAACUCAACGAAUACACCUGAGUUUCAAAAUAUCCUGCUCAACGUCGGCUGGGCAUUGGCAAAUAUGGGCGAGAAGGAGGCCAUACAAGGCCUAUACGAAUGGGCCAAGAACACGGCCAAUGUCAAAGAGCCAAUCCUGGAACCCUUGAUACACAUGGCAGCAAGGAGGUACGAAUCAGCAACAGAAGGGUUUGAAUCUCUUGCCAAAGAAAUUAUGUCUAACUCUACGGAAACUGACAAUAAUGAAAGUUCCGACAUAGCUCAACAAAUCAAAAAUAAGACUGAAAUGAGAAAAAUCUUCAUAGCAGAUCAAUUGACCGAGUCCUAUCUUGCGUUGAACAACUGGCAGGAUUUGCUGAAUUGGAAAAAAACAGAAUCAGAUUUUCUCUCUAAUGAAAAUGGCUGUUCGACGAGGCGAUAUAAGCAUGUCAGUUUGAACUUCGUCGAAACGAUCGCCAAAUUCGACGAAGGCGAGUAUGAAGCGGCCAAAGAAAUGUUUACGUGGAACGGCGAUGAUCGCGAGAGCCUCCUUACGAUGGAUAGAUGCCGUUGGGAUUACAACAACCUUCUUGAGGAGGUCGACUACAUAUUGAAAUGUUCCCUGAUCAAAAAUCACAAACAUUUAUUUUUUAGCUUGAAUUCGAGAGCGAAGUACGACGAGGCGCAAUCCUUGGCUGAGAGCAUUAUUGAGGAGUGCGUCAAAGAUUCACCCUCGGAACUGCUUGGUAGAGCGGCGUUACUUAAAUUCACAUCAUAUUCCCUUUUGAACAGUACCAAUUACGUCGUAUCACAGUUCUACGGAGGCGAUUAUUGGUGGAAAAAAUGCAUCAAAUCGCCUGAAAUGGAACGUGCCGUUUGGUGGGGCAAUGCGCUCAACAAGAUGAAAAAAGGGGAGCCGUCUCGCGAGUCGAAAAACUUUAUACUUCAGUGCGUGAAAGUGGCCAGGAAGACUGGCAAUUUAAAAUACGCGACACGAGUAUUACUCUUGCAUUUGAAAUCGACAGACAAGACUCUCAAAGAUGUGGCAGAAAAUUACAUUUCAGCGACACCGAAAGAUUUUACUUCGCAUGAAGCUAUGAUACAAGUUUCUAAAUUAAUGAAAAAGUGUGGGCAGAGCAGACAGGCUAUGAGAUUAUCUGCGACAGUAGCUUUGAGGCUGCAAGAGUCGUCAAUGCCCGAGUUGAUAAUGCUGAGCUCGAAAGUGCUGAGAAACAUCGCCGCUGAAUUCAAGACUGGGAAAUCUUCCGAGCUUAAGUGUCCUGAACUCGAUAAGGUCUUUGAGUAUGAACAGACGAAUGGAUUCGGCUCUCAUUUUGAAGAUUUGAAUUGUUUUAGGAAAGUAUCGGAGGACUGCAGUGGUUCAAACGAUGAAGAACUCCUGACUGGGCGGCUCCUGCGCCUCUCGCUUAGUAUCUGGCCGAUGUCGAGCAAAUCAUGGGAGCGGCUGGCUGCCUGGGCUUACGCUGGUGGUGUCAAAGAGUCGGCAAAAGGGAUCGCUAGCACGCCGGAAGAAAGGGCGGCGCUCGAGUCCGAACUGCCGCAGGGCGUGACGGUCCAAGCUGUGAGCAAUAUGCUCGCGGCGUACCACUCGCACGAAGUCGACGUCGACACUGUCUCAUCUGAAAUGAUCGAGCAGCAGUUACGAGAGCUGGGGACAUUUUCAAACGAACAGAUCAAAAGCCUUCUUGACAUUUGGAAAAAGACUCACUCCAGGGUCUAUACCUACUUCAGACUUUCAGCCUACUCAUACUUCAGAUACAUUCAAAUUUCUGAAUAUCAUGAGGAGGAUAAUGUGAUUGUAACAGCGACGCUUAGAUUAUUAAGGCUCAUCGUCAGACAUGCGACAGAGUUGCAACGGGUCGUCGAAAACGGUCUUUCCACAACUCCGACUGCUCCGUGGAUCGCCAUCGUCCCUCAGCUGUUUUCCAGGCUGAACCACCCGGAGCCUUAUGUCAGGAAGAGGGUUUCCGAGCUCCUUAUAAGAAUCGGAAACGACUCCCCUCAUCUUAUAACAUUCCCAGCUAUAGUCGGUUCAGGAUCGAAUACCAUGCCUACAACUAAGUUGUUGACGAUUAUGAAAUAUGACGACAAGAGUAAAGUUAAAGGACAUGAAGAGGGUGAGGAGGAAAACGACGAAGAGGAAGAGGUUGAUGAUGACGAUGAUGAUGGAAAUGAUGAUGAGAUGAAGGUGCCAAAUGAAAAAGCGGCUGUUCUUGAAAACAGUUUUGGUCUCAUACUCGAAGCGCUUUCGAGAAAGUACGGCGAGGAGAUAAACCAGGUCAAGACGCUUAUAGCCGAACUGAGACGUAUUACGCUCCUCUGGGACGAGCUGUGGCUAGGCACGCUCAACCAGCACCAGCCAGACAUAAGCCGAAGGUUCACACAGCUCGGCAACGAGGUGAAAUGCACCGAAACGAAUUUCAACCUUUCUCAAGAAACAAAACAAUUCAUAAUCGCUGAAAAAUACAGGCUGAUACUUAAACCACUGUUAUUUGUGUUGGAACAAUUGCGUGCAAUAACUUUUGUUACUCCUGAGACACCUCAUGAAAAGAAUUUCCAAGAAAAAUAUGCGAAAGACAUUGAGAAUGUUUUGACCAAGUUGAAACAGCCUGAUGAUCCAAGGGACCCAAAUGGUGCAUUGCAAGCUCUUGGUGUUUUGCAGAGCAGUCUUCAGGCGAGUUCGUGCUCUGGUCGCCGUGGCGGUGGGCAGCUCUCAAUGAAGGACAUAUCGCCAGCACUUGGUAAACUGAAAUUGUCUAAAAUUGCUAUGCCGGGUGUUGUACGAGAUCCGGCGACCAUCAAAUCCAUCGCUGAUACGGUCAUAGUCCUCCCAUCCAACACCAAACCUAAAAAACUAGUCUUUAACGGGUCAAACGGUUUAAAGUAUACAUACCUUUUUAAAGGACUUGAAGAUUUGCACCUUGAUGAAAGGAUCAUGCAGUUUCUGUCGAUAGCCAAUUACAUGUUAAAAGAGACAAGCCUGAGGGCGCACCAUUACUCGGUCGUUCCUCUUGGGCCUAGAUCGGGUCUGAUAAGCUGGGUUGAGAACGUCACACCGAUUUUUACGCUUUAUAAAAAAUGGCAGGAGCGAGAAGCCGCCAAUGAUUCGACAGAAACAAAUUCUGUUAUGAGACCUUCGGCGUUGUUCUACUCGAAAUUAGGGCCGAUUUUGAAAGAUGCUGGCAUCACGAGUAUCAAUCAAGUCCAGAGGAACAAAUGGCCACUUUGGGCCCUUAAAAAAUGCUUAACUGAGCUUAUGCAUUGCACCCCAACAUACCUACUGUCUAAGGAGCUUUGGUGCUUCAGCAUCAACGCAGCCCACUGGUGGAACAUAACAAAAUUGUAUUCAUCGUCUUUGGCAGUUAUGUCGAUGAUAGGCUAUAUCAUCGGACUCGGAGACCGCCACCUCGACAACGUCCUUGUCAAUCUGAAGACAGGAGAGGUCGUACAUAUAGACUACAACAUCUGCUUUGAAAAAGGCAAGACGCUGAGGGUACCUGAAAAAGUACCUUUCAGGCUCACGCAAAACCUGAGAGCAGCGCUCGGCGUCACAGGAAUCGAGGGCAUAUACAGGCAGACGUGCGAGAGGGUUCUGGAGGUGUUGAAAUCCGGCCAGGAGACGCUCUUGACACUGCUCGAGGCCUUCGUCUACGACCCUCUCAUCGAUUGGACACCCCUGAACGAAGACGGCUAUACUGGAGCAGUGUACGGCGGAGGACGUGAAUUAGUUUCAGAGACAAAGCAGAGUAAGAAAGACCUCGAACACGAAGUCAAUAGUUGCAUGUUCAAAGUGAGGAUCACCGAGGCAAAACAUCAAUGGCUAGAGAACAAAAGGGUUUUGGAAUACGAGCUGAAUGAUCUUGUCGAUAUGAUAGAGAUUUGGCAGAGGGAUGACUUGAGAAUACGCAAGAGCCAGGAGAGCCUUAAAGAGCGUCAUACACAGAUGGCGCUAUUGAAGGAGGCAGAAGGACAGCCUCAACAUGCGCUGUACUCCCUAGGUGCUCGGUAUGCAAAGCAUGUUCAAGUCUACUCAGCAAAACAGGCAACGCUUCAAGCCUUAAAAUCCAGAAUUCAGGAAUCAGAAAUGUUUCUUAAUCAAUUUCAGACUGUCAUUGCAACGCUGAGAGGUGCGGAAAUGGCACAGUGGGUUGCCGAGGUGAAGCGCAGGCCGCAGUCCGAUGUCUGCCAGGUGUUCGACCUCAUCAAGGAGUUCUUGCACAACGCCGGCCGGAGCCAGAUGGUCCAACAGUGCAACCAGUCGGAGAAAGAAGUAGGCGAACUCUGCGUCCAACAGACCCAGCUCACCGCCACCCUUCUCGACAUGCUCGGCAAAUACUGGGAGAUAUCGCAGCAGUACCCGGCCUCUUAUCUCAAACGACAUCGAAUGAUGCUUUAUAAACUUUGGGCCGAGCAAUUAUGCAAAGACAUGUCGCCAAAAACUUGUGAUCGUAUUCUUGUUGAAAUGAAACAAGAGUUUGCUGUCAGUGAGGAUGCGAUUAGACAAGCUGGGAUGUAUUCAGCAGGUCUGCAUCGACAUACAGCUGAAGCUACUUCCUGGCUCACCAAAGCGAUGCGGCGUGUCGAAGGGAAUUCUCUUUCUUCCCAGCAGGGUGAGAGAUCUGGAUCCGUAUCCCUCGACAGGAUAAUAAAAAGUGGUCAGCCCAGCGAUACAUCAGCAAUAACCGGCGUUGUAUUAACUGCACUCUGCGCCCUCAAUAAAAAAUUCUUAAUGGUCGAAUCUCAAGCAACAAGCGCUGGCGACUGCUUGCUUAAUUUGAUGUCAAGGGAUGGCGAUUGGUUCCUAGACGACAUGUGCACCGUAGCAGGGACUGCUGUUAAACUCUCCCAGUUACUACCAGCCCUGAGCAACCCUGAUGAGAUACCGGCAGACAUAAACGUGGCGUACAAAUGCAUCCAGUGUGCAUUCUCGCAGUACAACGCUCUGCAAGGCCUUCACAAUAACUUCACUGGAAUAAUUCUUGUUGAGGCGAUGCAGGCUUUGCAAAGCGAAGAGCCUUCCGUCGUCGCAAUGGUCGACAAGCUUGAACAGAUAGUCUCUUCCAUAUUGAUACCCCUCAGCGAUCUGCUUAAUCAGCUACAACGACAUUUACGUUUUGUCAUUUUAGGAAUGGAAAGCCAGCAUACGUCUUUCAUGGUACCGGUGGAAUCUCUAAGAAUGCAGUUUGAAGAAUUGCUCUCGCAUGGUGAGGAUAAUCUCACUCAAGGUCAAAUGUUGCUAAUGGGCUUCAACGGACUUUUCACAAACCUCGAGGACGGCAGGGACGUUCUGCUCGGCCAUCUGAAAUCCUUGACGUCGCCUCCUGCUUGGAAAAUCGUAGACCAGAUACGCGAAGCAAUGCAGCAGUAUACCGCGCCGAUCUGCCAGGAAACGCCGAUGGCGAUCAUUGAAUCCAUGUUCUUUGUGAAACGAGUUCAGACGAUGCUCGAAGUGUUAAGGAUGAGCCGGGCGGAUGCGGCGGGCUUCAGGGGCGCGCCAUCUCCCCAAGUACCUCACGACAGGGAGACGCUGACCCGUCCGGUUAGAAAAUACAUAGCGGAAUACAUCAGCUACCAAAUGCUCGGUGUCUUUUCUCUAUCCCUUGCAACCCUUAUCUGCCUGCUCUUGGAAAAAGAAGGCUUCGAUGUUACCGGAGAGGUCGAACAGAAAGACAUCGGCACACAAAGCAGAGUACCUUUGGAUGAAUUAUGCAAAAAGAUGAUUGACCAGCUUGGAAAACCACAGCAAGUGAGGCACGCGUCAGGGGUCGUUUCGCAGGCUGAAGCGAUCUGGCGCCAAGAAGAUACAAGAGCAAGGCUUGAACGUGAGCUCAACAACGCCAGAGCACUCGCGCAUAGGCUUCAGCUUAUGCUGACAGGCCAUCAUUGGCUUCAUGAACACUGCCUUGUCAACUCACCAACGCCGCCAAUAAAUCGAGGAAAUUUCAUGUUGGAGAUGAGAAAAGCGAUGACGACUUUGCUAGCUCUCCAGAGGAAGAUGGAGGAAGUCGUACUCGAGCAGAACAACUUGAUUACGAGCUCGGAGCAACGUCUCAAAUGGGCGACGGGAGCCAACCCGGCCCUGAGUGAAGUCAUGAGUGCUUUCGAAUCGUCAGUCACUGCCAAUAAAGAACGGCUUGAAGCUGAGAAAAACCUGGCCAUGACUGUCGUUAACAUGUGCAGUACCAUACUGACGUACGAAGCUCUGCGUACGCCUACUUCUGAAGCACUUUCUUACGAUAGUGCCUUCGCUGUGUUGGUUAUGGAGUGCAAAAGCACACAUUUACUCAUAACGAGCAACGCAGUCGCACUGAGUUCUGCUGAGGAAGGACUCGUCCUUCUUCUUCCUCCAAAAAGGAAAAUAGACUCAGAAUGGAUUUGCAAAGCUGAAGAACUGAUUUCUGAAUCUGUGCGUAAUCUCAACAGCGAAAUCGAACCGCUUCAAAUGAACCUGCUCAGUUCGGAAGACUGCGUCAAGAAUAAAGCUACGAUGAUAAGAUCUACGAUGUCGAAGCAUCACAGGAUAGUCUCAGACAUAAGGACGCUGUUGAAAGCUAUGGUCAAGUACGAAGACGCAGGCCUGUCUGGGCUCAAUAGUUAUUUGAUGAGGUAUAAAAAAUUCACGGACACUAUAUCGUCGAUGACAAAAAGCGUCGGGAUGGCGACUAAUUUAAACGCCAACUUAAUAAACAAAGCUAUCGAAGACGCUAAAACUCUACAACAACAAAUCGAUUCUAUUUAUAUGGAGCUGUUAGCGUUCAGCGUUUCAGACACGCUGACUAAAAGGCCGCCUUUGGUAAGGCAGUCGACGAUCUGUGAAUCACCGAGAAAAGAGAAAGAAAAGAAGCCAAAGAGAAGAGGAAUGCAAGAGAGGAACGCUUAUGCCAUGAACGUCUGGAGACGAGUUAAAUUUAAACUAGAAGGACGGGAUCCUGACCCUGGCGUAAGAUCUUCUGUGAAACAACAAGUGGAUUGGACGAUAUCGGAAGCGACCAAUCUGGACAACCUUUCCUUGUUGUACGAGGGUUGGACUCCUUGGGUGUGAAGAGCGGGAAUAAGUGUCGGGUCACGCCCGAAAAUUGUGUGCAUUCCUUUUUUUAUGCGAUAACCCUUUAACGGGGGUCCAGUCAAGGAGACCUUUCAGUUUCGUUGAAAGCCGACCAAACGUUCAUUUCAACAUCUUAAAAACAAAAAAACAAAAAACAAAAAAAAUCAAAAAACAUCAAAUCAUUUAAAAAAAAUUGCCA